CUCACUUUCACUCCCAUGGGUUUCGCGUUCCCUCUGCCAGCAGGAAAAGCCUGCGGAGCUCCGGCAGCGGGGCCGGUGCUGGUCCCGCCCAGCGGGACUUUCCCGGUUUCCUUGUCCUGGCUGGGGGGAGGCAGGAGCGGGCAGCGCGGGGAGCGCGGCGCUCCUGCCGGGGCUGGUUUCUAUUGGCAGGCGCCACAAGAGGUUGGUCGGUGCCCGGCUCCCCGGCAGGACGAGCCCGGCGCUGCUGCCAUGGAGCCAGCGGAGGAGAUGAGCCCGGAGGCCGGCGGCGGGCACGGCCCGGGGAUGCGGCUCCGCCAGGAUCUGCGGAGGAUCCGCUGCGCGCUGCUGCUGUGCCUGCUGGCCGUGCUGCUGCUGAUGCUGCCCAUCGCGUACCUGCUGCUCGGCAGCCUGCGGGCGCCCGGCUCCUGCGGCGGCCAGGUCGCAGAGGAGAAGGGCUCUCACUUUCUGAAGCAACGAGCAGUAGCUGCAGUUACGGACAAACUUUCCAGUGCAGAGAAGCCACGGGCUCACCUGACAGUGAAGAAGCAGGACCUGGCCAGCUCCGUGGGGAGCCACCUGCCCAUCCUGCAGUGGGAGGACAAGCGAGGCCUGGCCUUCACCAAGAACAACCUGAGCUACUCCAGCAACGCCCUGGUGAUCCCCGUCUCCGGGGACUACUACGUGUACGCCCAGGUCACCUUCCGCGGGCCCGUGGAGAGCAGCCACAGGGCCAGCUCCGUCACUGAGAUCAUCACCAAGGUCACCGACAGCUACCCCGAGCCCACCCAGCUGCUGACGGGCACCAAGACCCUCAGCGAGCACGGCAAUGGUUGGUUCCAGCCCAUUUACCUGGGCGCCGUCGUCUCCUUGGAGGUGGGGGACAAGCUGAUGGUCAACGUGAGUGACAUCAGGCUGGUGGAUUACACCAAGGAGCACAAAACCUUCUUUGGGGCCUUCCUGCUGUAGGGCUCUGGCAGCAGCUGGUGGGGGAUCCCUCCAGGGUCAUCGCGGGGGACCUCGUUGGGUUUUGGCUUUGUGGGCGCGUUUUGGGGUGAGAUCUCUGCUGUUUUCCUUCUUCCUCGCCUUCUUCUUCUUCUCCUUCUUCUUCUUCUUCUGUGCCAUCACUCCCCUGCAGCUCGCUAGAGCCUUAGUUUGAUGGGUAGAGAAAGAUGAAGCUGCAGGUUGAAGUGAAAUAACCAAAAAAAGAAA